AUGGCCAAACCGGUAACUGAGUGCAAGACAAGAUGCAGAAAGGCAGGCUGGUUCAUCCUGCAGCUCCAAAAGCCGCAGUGGCAAAACAACCCGCAUUCUGAGGUUCAGGGCGGUGGCAAUGGGGCUGUCAGUGAGAUUGCAGUGCCAGGAGCCGGUCAGCAGGCUCCAGCUACAGAGGGUGCAGGUGAUGGCAUGGUUCCAGAACCAGCAAACCAGACAUUGGCAUGUCAGAAUAUGGAGAUGCCUGAGCUCACUCCUACUUCCUUCACCAUGUGCACUAGAACCCCGCUCUCGCCUCCCCAUUUGUGCCUGGAACCCCUAUGGCGCUACCAAGAGAGCUGCUCAGUUGCAGCCAGCCUGGAGAUGGGUUCCAGAAAGCAUGAGAUGUGCAGCUACAAAGAGAGCUACCUGCGUCGGAGCUGCAAAGAAAUCAAAAAGGAUAAAAACGACUCAAAGGAUGGGCUAUAUCGGCUUCGCACGGAGAACGGGCUCAUCUACCAGACCUUCUGUGACAUGACCACCAAGGGCGGCGGCUGGACCCUGGUGGCCAGCGUACACGAGAACCACCUGGCUGGGAAGUGCACGGUGGGGGAUCGCUGGUCCAGCCAGCAGGGCAACCGAGAUGACUACCCGGCGGGGGACAAUAACUGGGCCAAUUACAACACCUUUGGGUCUGCUGAGGCGGCCACCAGUGAUGACUACAAGAACCCCGGCUACUAUGACAUCCAGGCCGAGGACCUGAGCAUCUGGCAUGUUCCUAACCAGACUCCACUGAAAUCCUGGAAAGAGAGUUCGCUGCUGCGGUAUCACACCUCCUCGAAAUUCUUUCAGAACUAUAAAAACAACAACCUCUUUGGCCUCUACCAGGAAUUACCUGUGCAUUAUGGCAUUGGCAGCUGUCUAAAUAACAACGGUCCUGCAAUUUCAGUGGACUAUGACUUUGGAGAUGCCCAAAAAACUGCUAAUUAUUAUUCCCCCUAUGGUCGAAAGGAGUUUGAGGCCGGGUUCAUCCAGUUCCGGGUGUUCAAUAAUGAGAGAGCAGCCAAUGCUCUGUGUCCAGGGAUGAAAGUCACAGGGUGCAACACAGAACAUCACUGCAUCGGGGGUGGAGGCUUCUUCGCAGAGGGCAACCCCCGGCAAUGUGGGGACUUCUCUUCCUUUGACUGGAAUGGAUAUGGAACUCACAUCGGGUAUAGCAGCAGUCGAGAGAUCACUGAGGCAUCCGUGCUCCUGUUCUACCGCUGAGCUGGAGAUGCAGUGCCUGAGCCAC